AUGGUCGCGUUAACGUUGAACGAUCCAGUAGUGCAAUCGUAUAUUGUUUACACUGCAAUAUUAGCAUUGAAAAUGUUAGCUAUGUCGCCAAUGACCGCCACGAUGCGUGUUAUGCGCGGUGUAUUCGCUAAUCCGGAGGAUGCAAAGGCAGGGAAAGGCAAGGUCAAGUUCGAUGACCCCAUCGUGGAGAGAAUACGACGUGCACAUCUCAACGACUUGGAAAACAUUCCGGCUUUCUGGGUGCUAGCAGCGCUGUACGUGACUACGGGGCCGGCAGCGGCCUGGGCAACUUUACUCUUCCGUGUAUUUACUGUGGCCCGCAUAAUUUACACCAUCGUUUACGCCAUCAUUCCAAUCCCGCCACCCGCAAGAGGUAUUGCGUAUGUAGUGGCAUUAACCGUUAACUUCUACAUGACCGUUCAAGUUAUACUGUACUACAUUACCGCUAUAUAA